AUGACUUUGUCUACUAAAGCAUGUUGUGCGACAUGCUACUCACUCCGUCCCGAAAAGAUUGUCACGGCCGCAUUUUUGAAAAAAAACCCUUCCAUUUUCUACAGCUCCGCGCUCCUCUCCCUUAUUUUCGCCCAGCUCCCCCCUCUCCUCCCCACGUCCCCCUCUCUGCCGCUCUCCCUCUCCUCUCGGGCCCUAUCCCUCUCUCCGGUCGCCCCCGCCGUGCUCCCCUCCACCUUCCCCUCUCUUCUCCCCCGUGCUCCCCUGAACCUUCCCCUCUCUUCUCCCCUGCGCUUCCCUCGCCGCCGUCGCGCUCCUACCAAAAGGCGAGUUGAAUCUCGCCGGAUCCGGUGGUUUCAAGACCAGAUCCGGUCGCCGUCUUCACGGUGCCCAAAGGGGAGGAGCCGGAGCUGGGGCCGCUGUCGCCGCAGCCGAGGAGGAGUAGGAGCAGCAGCUUCGAGAUCUGUUGGUGGCGAGCCCGGAUCUGGUGGCGGCGAGUCUGCAUCCGGUGGCGGCGACGCGACGACGGAAGGGGAGGAGGGCACAGCUCGUCAAGGCGGCUGCAAGCAGAAGAAGAAGGUGUUUGAUUUGCAUUUGAAGGGGAGGAGGAGCAACACCUCAAGUCCAGCUCCUCGAUCGUGGUCGAUCUGUGUGAUUGAUUUGGAACUAAGACUGUUCUCCUGGGAUCUUGGUCUGAUUGAUUUGAAUAUGCGUCUGUCUGUAGCUUCUGGGAUUUGUGCUCGUGGGAUCGUGGCAGGGCUGGAGAUGGAUAUGGCCUGGAGAGGACUUGCGGAAGCAACCUAGAGAGGGGAAGAAGGAGGGGACCUGCAGAGGGAGUGGCUCCGGCGACCUGGACACUGGCGGAGGCGAUUAGAAUUUGGAUCCUGUAAUACCCUUUCUGGACUGUAAUUAUUUUAAUUUCGAGAACGUUUUUGUAAGAAGAUAUUUGUGAAGUGCCCGCAACAACCUUUUCGGGACGGAGGGAGUACGAAACAGUAAUCUUCUAAGUGCCAUGUAAACACUUUUCUGGUAUCUUUCUGUGUUCCAAAUUAGU